AUUCCCGUUCACCCCGCCAUAGAUCGCCUUCCUGUUCAUAGCCCUCUACCACCCCCUCUAUCCAUAUCUCGCCUGGCGUUUUCCGCUUUCUGGGCUCCCAUCUCUCCACUCUCAUAGAUACCGCCAUCCUUCCAUCAACCCCAUCGCGCUCAUUUACAUAGUCAACUCUCACCAUGACUUCCGAUUCUGACCUUCAGCCGAUCGACCCCGCUAAACAUGUCUUUGCUAUCCCGGCCAAAAGAAUUCACGUCCAAGAGGACGUUCCGCACUUUAUCACCUCACCAGCUUACAAACUGAUAACUAACUUCAUCCUUCACCUUAAUGCUUCGGCAUCUCCAUUAAACCCAGUAACUGGCGAGCUUCGCAACCCGCAGAACUACACACUGACCUCCCCUACCAUCCAUGUAUCUCCCGAAGUCGACGGCAUCAUCCAGCUCAUUCACAAACUAGAAGCCCUGGUGACCCGAGCUCCACCGGACCCUGGGCCGCGAAGGUUCGGCAACACCGCCUACCGUCAUUGGUACUCUCUUGUCGAGGACGCUCUCGGGGGUCCCGAUGGACUUCUCGACCAACACCUACCCGCAUCGGUGCUCUCACCAAAGGGGAAAGGUGAAGUCACCGCCAAGCAGGAAUUACUCCCGUAUCUUCUCGGUUCGUUCGGGUCUUCCCAACGACUGGAUUACGGUACCGGGCACGAGCUUUCGUUCUUGGCCUUUCUCUGCGGGAUUUGGGUUCUUGGUGGGUUUCGGGCCGGGAGGGAUGAGCUCGGACUGGCUCUCAAGUGUCUUGAUACAUACCUUCAUCUGGUUAGACGGCUCGUGACUACAUACACCCUUGAGCCCGCGGGUUCUCAUGGGGUUUGGGGGCUUGAUGAUCAUUCGUUCCUUCCGUAUAUCUUUGGCAGUGCUGAGCUGACUACCCACCACCCGACCGAUUCGUCCUCGAACUCAACAGUUCCGGCGAAUGUUGAGGGGUUGGAAGAUGUGCCGAAACCCGGAGAUGUGGUUAAGAGUCUUGUCGUUGAGAGGGAGCGUUUGAGAAACCUUUACUUUGGGGCUAUCGGGUUUAUAUAUGAUGUCAAGAAGGGCCCUUUCUGGGAGCAUAGUCCGAUUUUAUAUGAUAUCUCUGGUGUUCAAGGAGGGUGGGGUAAAAUAAACAAAGGAAUGAUCAAGAUGUUUAAUGCGGAAGUUCUUGGGAAGUUUCCGGUUGUUCAGCACUUCAGGUUUGGGAGCAUUUUUAGUUGGGGCGGGGCAGGUGGCUCUGCCAAUGCCACGGUUAUUACUGUUAGGACUCAAGCGCCCCAUGCAAGCGGUCCGGAAACUGGGACCGGAAGUGGGGUAGGAUCUGGAUCUAGUGCUAGCUCUGGUCCUGGAACUCGAGCUCCCGAGAAUCCUAUCACCGGCACAGCUGCACCAUGGGCUAGAAACCCAACGCAGUCUCCUACGAUUGGCUCAAACACUGAUUUCACCGCCAGGGCACCCUGGGGCAUCCCUGCUUCUACUGCGAAUCAAACUGGAUCCACAGCAGGUCGCUUCCCAGCGGAAUCAUCGGCCUCCCGCACCGCCCCCCGCCCAUUACCUGGCAGAGAGCCCGGCAUAGAAGAUGCGAGAGCCCCAUGGGCUACCGGCGAAGCGGAUAAGCAUCCCCCUUCCCCAGGUAUCACACAAGCAACUGAGGCAAACCUCGGGCCUAGGAGGACUAGUUCUCCAGAUAGCAAGCUUGCUACCAUGGAAGGUGAAGAGGGCAGACUUAGAAGGGGUAGUGUUGGAACCGGGGGUGUUCGAGUCGCAGAGACAGGGGACCUUAAGAAAAAGCUACCCCCCCUUCCCCAAGGCUAAUGAUACAACGAUAAACGUUUUGAGGGCAAGGUUAAAAUCAUGGGUUAUCCUUUUCCCUCCCCUUUCCUCAGCCUCUACCAAGGGUCUUUGGCAUUUCCGAUUUCGUUAAAGCUGCUGAUUCUUUAUAUUCCUUUUUCUUCUUCUCUUGCACAUGUGACUUGUGACUGUAGUUUCAGUGCUUUAUGCUUCUUCAGGAUAUGGUUGCAUAGUUCUUAUAGCGGUGCUUGGGGUUAACGGAGCUGGGAUACUGUACUUAUUCUUCCUUACCUUUCGGGAUCCACAUGAUUGCUACAGUGGUUUUUUCUUCUUUUUUCUUUUCCUUUCCUCCUUUUUCUCCCUUUCUUUCGAAAAAGAAAAAUCGUAACUUUGCUGGCUUAAGUUCCUUUUUUACUAUGGAGAUACCCCCUUGAUCUGGUACUCGAGUACCGGUAUGGUAUGCAAUACGGUACUCGCGGGGCGGGCGCAAAUUAAUUUAUGCCGUUACAUUACAUUACAUCUCUGAUAAUGCCGGUGCUACCGUAGUACCAGCACCGGCAUGUGUUCAUACUUUUUUUUUCUUUCGACGGGGAUCUGUUGCUAUGAUACUGUAGUACUCAGGGACUGUGAAAAGUCUAACGGUGAUGCAUCCUGCCGGGUAUGGGGGAUACCAUCAUAUAGGCAGUGCGCUCGUGCAUUGUACUUGAGCGGCUACUUUGUCGGGUUACCAGUACUCGAACACGGAGGAGGGAGGUGCCGUAAUCGUCAUUAUUGUUAUUGAUACAAGUACACUGCUAUCGACUCACUUGGUGCUGUGCCGGUACUCGUGGAGGGAGGGGGGGCCGAUAGGCCAUAUCGGUUACAUGUGCUGUUACUCGUAGAGGGUCGGUGCAGUACUCGAGCACCACAUCAGUCCUCUCUUUCUUUCUUCCAUCGAUAUUUUUGCGCAUGAUGGAGGCUUUUGCU